AUGUUCAAGGUGAGAGCGUGGAGCUGGGUCACAGCUGUCACCGCCCCCUCCCGGUUGCACGGAACCCCUUCCCGCGCUCUCGUGGACCUCUCCCGGAACCAGGUCCUGCACUCCCAGAGGCUUUUCUCGCCUUCGGGUCGGCGCCGUGUUGUCCCGCGGUUCAAUGACAGGUCCACACGGCGCGAGUGGCUACCGGACGCAGUUCAGGUAAUUCAGAGAUCUGUGGGCCCGGCCAGCCUAAGUCUGCUCACCUGGAGAGUCUAUGCUUCAUCAAAGAAGGACACGCCUGAAGAAGAUUCCGUCAAGGUUGAUGAGCUUUCACUCUAUUCAGUUCCAGAAGCUCAAUCUAAAUAUGUAGAAGAGCCAAGGACUCGACUUGAAGAAAACAUUUCACAGCUACGACAGUUUUGCAGUCCAUAUAUAACAUGGUGUCAGGAAAAGUACUUCUAUGCUAAGCCCAAGAUGCAAAAUAUUGUUCAAUGGGGGGUAGACAAUUAUGGAUAUCUUCAAAAUGCACCUCCUGGAUUUUUCCCAAGACUUGGUGUUAUUGGUUUUGCUGGUCUUGUUGGACUCAUUUUUGCUAGAGGUUCAAAAAUAAAGAAGUUGGUAUAUCCACCUGGUUUCAUGGGAUUAGCUGCCUCUAUCUAUUAUCCACAACAAGCCAUCAGCAUGGCCCAGGUCAGCGGAGAAGCAUUAUAUGACUGGGGUUUACAAGGAUACAUAGUCCUGGAGGAUUUGUGGAAGAACUUUCAAAAGGUGAGAAGCAGUAUUGAUGUUGAAUAUUUCUUUGUGGGAAAAUACCCACACUAUUGA